AGUACUCAUUUAUGUUUUAAAUUAUUAAAUAAUAUAACAAUGUAAUUGUCAAUUUAUAUUAUUUUUAAUCAAAAUUAUGUGAAAUGUCAGACAGCCAUACUUUAUAAAUGUUUGAUAAAUCGUAUUUGACGAUGAUACCGUGCAGACCCAUCGAGAUCAUAUGCCAUAUUUAAGUAGUUAAAUUUAUAUUCAUUACAGUUAAAAUGUUUAUAAAAUAACAAAUAAUGGAAAGUGACCCUAACAAAAAAGAAUCGAAGGGAAAGAGAAUAUUAAAAAAGGCGAAUAGAAGAAACAGUAAAUCUGGUAACAACAGCCAAAGUUCCGCUUUCAGUCUCGGUAUCGGUGCGACGCGAUCGAAAAGUUUCGAAAAUAAACGGCUGUCUAUCGAAAUAAAUGACAGCACGCCGCUGCCAACACCGGACGGAACUGAAAGAACCGACGUUCACAAUGCUUCCAAACUAAAUAUAGACGAUGAGCAACCGCAAGCCAGUAAGAAGGCUGUAGAUAUCAACGAAGGCUAUAACACCGUGCACGAGGAAAUAGCUUCAGCCAAGGAUGCGAAAAUACUAUCACCGAACGUAAAAAGUCCACGAACUUCCGAAGUAGACGGUAGUAAAAGAAAUUUGAAACGGGUUGGUUCAAAUUUGUAGGGUUUUGUUAGGUUUACAGUUUACCCACUACAAUUGAUUGAUUUUUAUGUUACAAUAAAUGAGACUGACGUGUAAUUCAAAUUGUAUGCAGAAAUUGGAGGAGGAUAGUGGACCCGGAACUAGCGGAGCCAGCACCGGAACGUCAGACACGGACGCGGACGAUAAGGAUCCCAG